AGUGAGUGACGCCGCCAUUCAAACCGCGAAGCAUGGCAUUUCGGGAUACCUUUUCCAUCAUGGCGGAUAAGGUUGUAAGCUAACGUUAACGGUUAGCAUAUUCAACCAUUGUUGUUUUUUACACAUUGCGGGACUGCAUAUUUCUGCAUUUUAUACACAGGAACUACUUCUACCGACAACAACCUGGUGCUGAGUGAGGGACAAGCACGGCAGUGAUAUUAAGAGAGCCUUUGAGAAAACCAGGGGCAGCAGCACAAUGGAAUGUGCAGUGGACAUCCCCUCAGGUGAAGAUGAGGCCCCUGAGAAAGACGACAUAAUUGCCAAGGAAGGGAAUGAUCCGCCACACAAGAAAAACAAGAAGCACAGAAAACACAAGAGCAAGAAGAAGAAGAAAAAGAGAAAGGGGGAAAAGGAGAGCAGUUCAGAAUCUGGUGCUGAGUCGGAUGUAGAGCCAACACUACCACAGAAGCCCCUCAGGAACACCAGAGCCAGUGCCAGAAUAGCAGCAGCCACAGGAGUUGGAGACCAAGAUGGGCUAAAGGAGGAGGGCAAAAAGGAUGUAAUUACAGCACGUGCAGACAUGGAGGGAGAUGCAAAAUCCAAGAAACACAAAAGACAUGCUGCAAAAAAGAAGAAAAAGAAGAGAAGGAAGGAUGAAAAGCAGGAGAAAAAAUCCCCAUCUCGAUCCCCAUCUGAAAGCAGCUCAGCUUCAGGCUCUGAGUCUGAAGGUGAAGGAGAAAAAGUUGCUGCUGAUGUUAAAUACUCUCCAGCUACAGCAUCUGACCUGCAAGAACCAGUGUCCAAACUGGUUUCAAAAAGCAAACGAGGGGAAAAACCUGAAUUAAUUGGAGUGAAGAAAGAUGAGUUAUCAGGGAUGGAUGUGUCCCCAUCGGCGGGGAAGGACUCGAGCAACAAUAUAUCAGAAAUGAGUGUACGGUCACCCUCCGCAUGCCACGAUGAUAUUACCCAGACAGCGACUGUUCAGGUUAAGAUCGAGGGUAGUCAUGCUGAUGGUACAUUCAGCCAUGCACAUGAACUUCCUGACAUUAUCCCUAAACAGGAAGGUGCCACCCCAAGAGAUGACCCAAGCCUGAAAGAGCAGUCCAACUCAGUUCAGAAGACAAGGGACAGGGAUGGCAUUUCCUCUAGGUCUCCUUCUCCUUCCAGGGACCUAGAUAUUAAGAGAUUGGGGUCAGUUCAUAGUCGUUCACCAACACCUACUCCUAUUAGGGAGCAGGCUGAUGGGCAAACAACAGCAGCAGCAGCAGCGACUGCAAUGAAAGAACGGUCAAGAACUCAUUCCAGGUCAAACUCUAAGGAAAAACGGUCCAUAACUCCUCUAAAGACACGGCAGCUGUCCCAAUCUCAGUCCCCUAAAUCUAAGAUGAAGUCAAUCUCUCCCAAGAGAGCAGCCCGCCAGUCCCGGUCUACCUCUCGCUCCCUCACCCCGAAGAAGAAGGUGUCAAAAUCUCCAAGGAAGUCCAAGUCCCCUAAACGUCGGAGGAGUUCAUUGUCUGUUUCUCCAAAGCGACGCAGAAGUUCUCACUCACCUAAAAGAAAGGUGUCCCGAUCCCCUAAACGGGGUGGGCGCAGGUCCCCCUCUCUAUCCCGAUCUCCAAAGAGAAAUCGGAGGUCCGAGUCACGUUCCCGUGGAGGAAGGCACUCCAGGGCCCGCUCACCUAGGCGAGGUGGUGCAGUUGGCAGGCGUUCAAAGUCGCAUUCCGUCACGAGAACUCGUCGCUCAACUUCUAGAUCAAGACGCCCUGUUCGUCGCUCCAGAACACGUUCACCGGGAAGACGUGCAGGAGGUAGGCGCUCGAAAAGUCGAUCCUUGUCUCGGCGAAAGAGGUCACCACCCCCUAGAACCCGCCGAUCACGCUCCCGUUCGACCCGCAAAAGCAAGCGCGCUCGGUCAAGAUCCGUUGUAGUCCUUAAGCCAGGUCGACGUUCAAGAUCCAAGAGUCCCCGCAAACAGACCAAAUCCCAAACACCUCCCUCUCGGAGGCGCUCCCGUUCCCCUGCCAGGAGAAAUCGUUCACCACCAAGGUCUGGCAAGCGCUCCAAAUCUCGCUCGUUGUCUCGAAGGCAUCAGUCAAAGUCAAACUCACCAGUACCUAUCAAGAAGAAGUCCAAAUCUCCUAGGAAGGGUGGAAGAAGGUCAACGUCUAAAUCCGCCUCAGCAGACUUGAGCAGAUCUAGGUCCAGGUCUAAGUCAAGUAAUGGGGGGUCUGACAACUCACCAGCCAGAUCUGCGUCUUCCUCUCCUGUCAAAGAGAUAAAGCCUUCCUCUCCUGAGGCAGAGCAGACAGAAACUGAAGGAUUAUCUGCCACAGCAGGUGCUUGGAAACCAAUGCCCUCAGCAGCUGCCUCCAUCCCCCAGGCUGAGAGUCCCACAAAUGCGUUGCAGGAGCUAAUUCAGAUGUUUUCUCCGAACCACGACAAGGAACAGAUGGAGGAUGCCAGCUCAUCCAAUGAACAAGAUGUUUCCAAGUCCAGAUCUGGAUCUCGAGAACCCGGCACUGCCCCAGACGUGUGCGAGCUUUCAGAAGGUUCGGAUGUAGAAGCGGGUUCUUCCUCUCCUGUUAAGCAAAAGUCACCCUCACCUACGGAUCGCAGAAAACUUCGCUCAACUUCUUCACCCCGACGAUCAGCAUCCAAGUCUAAAUCCCGAAGGAGGCAAUCUAGGUCCAAGUCUCCUGUUAGGAAAAGAGAUUCUGUCUCUCCGUCAGAAAGAAAGAAGCGGCGUUCCAAGUCUCGGAGUCCCACUCGGCGGCGGAGGUCACGCUCUACCGGGCGGCGCAAGCGAUCACACUCCAAGACACGGACCAGAAUUCGCCGUUCCAAGUCUCGAUCUCCAACCAGAAAGCGGCGUUCCCGCUCACCCAAUGCCCGUGGGAGAAGGAGGUCCAAGUCCGCAGACAGAAGCAAGCGAUCCAAGAGCCGCUCCACAGGCCGGAGGAAAAGGUCGGUGGACAGAAGCAGGCGUUCAAGGUCUCGCUCUUCUGAUCGCAGACGAAGGUCUAGGUCGAGGGGCCGAGGGAGGCGCCCGGUGUUUCGAAGUCGUUCAUUUGAUAGGCGAGACAGGUGGAAAAGGGAACCCAGCCACUCUCCAGUUCUAAUUCUCCGCAAGCAGCGCCGCUCAGGGUCCCGUACACGACGCAGCACCAGCAAGACUCCUCCACGCCUCACUGACCUGGAUAAGGAUCAAUUACUGGAGAUAGCCAAAGCUAAUGCUGCUGCCAUGUGUGCUAAGGCGGGAGUGCCCAUUCCUGAGAGUCUUCGGCCGAAAGCCAUCCUCCAGCUUCCUCUACCCACUCCAUCUCCCACCCCCCUCUCCUUACCGCUACCCUUACCUCUCUCAAUGGGCAUGGGGAUGUCCAAUAUGCAAAACAUGGGUCAGAUGGGGAUACCCAAUAUGCAUGGAAUGCCCAACAUGUCAAACAUCACCAUGUCUGCCGCUAUGGCAAGCAUGACAGCAGCUACUAUGACCGCUGCCUUGACCAACAUGGGUGCCCUAGCAGCCAUGCCUCCCCUUGCCCCGCUCCCUACCAUCACUAACAAGCCUCCCCCAUGUCUUGCCCCUCCACAACCAACCCUUAACAUGGACCACAUCGUGGAAGCAAAGAGGAAGGUCACUCAGCAAGCUAACAUUCACACCAUCAAGGAGCUUACUGAGAAGUGUAAGAUGAUUGCAAACAGCAAGGAGGAGAUGGCCAUUGCUAGACCCCAUGUCUCAGAUGACGAAAGCUAAAACCGCAAAGCUCUCAAGCCAGUCCCCUCGACUGAAGGAAAAUAUAACAAAUGCUUAUAAAGGAGGACUUACCUUCAUACAGUUCUCAUUGGCAGCCAGCUGCCCUGACUGAGCCUCAUACACCAAGAAGAAGAAAAGUACCCAUGUUGUCACAAUUACAAUAUAGGCGCGCCGUCACCAGCCACUGCCCCACCCAGAUCCCCAGUUUGUUUCCGUUUGUGUGAGAGAGAAAGACUCAGACUGUCAUAUGUGAGACCACUGAGUUAACUGGACACACUGACAUGUUGUAUGACUGCAUAGUGAGUCUGUAUGUGUGAAUUGUUAGUCCGUUUGUGUAUAUAGUGACUUUCACCACCUCAGUGUUGCUGCUCAUUUAAGCGGUCACUAACUAAAGAGGAAACAAACCAAACUAACUAGUGGCGCAAGUGUUUUUGUAUAAGAUUAGUUUCUCUAAAUGUAUUUUACUUUUAUCCUUUCUUAAAUAAUUGUGUUCAGUGGGGACUGUUCUUCUGCAUUCCCCUCAGCUAUCUCUAGUCACUGGUUUUAUAACAGAAUAAUGCAGAGGAAGUUUUGCUAGAUCCCCACAUGUGUUUUCAAAAGCCUGAGUCUCCAGGCCAACAGAUUGGCAACAUGUUGUGAAUCCUUGUACAGGGCGUCGGAUCUGAUUAUUUUUGAAGGAAUGGAACAAUUGAAUUUAUUGGCUGUAAAGAAGAUUUGAAUUCAUCAUCUUCAUUUACAACACAGAAUUGAUUCAGUUAGCACUGCCCUGGGUGUGAUUUUCGUUUCCUCUAUUUUUAAUGGCAACAACCUAAUCUUUGGUCUCUGGUGUUUCAUUUGGGCUUUGUUGGUAUUUUAUUUUACUUAAAAAAAUGGUUUGCUGUAUAUUCAAAUGGACAUUUCAUCUGCCACACUUGUAACAACAAUUUCCUAACAUGCAGUGUUGUGUAUUUUUGCACAGCAAUAUUAUAUAUAAUAUGACUUGAAUUAAGAUGCACAAAAAGAUGCCAUGAUAGCGUUUUAACGACCUUUGGUCAAGGGCAAACAUUUGAAAGGUCUGUAUUUCUGUUAUCUGGUUUUGAUUUGAAAGCAAUGCUGCUUGAUAGUGGUCUUGGAGAUCCCAGAUAUUUGGACUUUGCCAACAGAACAGAACCUCCAAUUAAUCCCAAAUUAAGAUCACAACUAAAAUUAGAUUGACUAGACAAUGUCUUGUUUUCUGAUGAGAAACCAGAUGGGUUAAAUGACACUUCCAAUACACUUUUUUUCCCUUUCUAGUUCACACAGUGAUUUAAUAAAUGAUAAACAAUAGCCUAUGUUUUAUAAUUAAAACAUGGUUAAUAUCAGUGGCUUUUUAAACAGGCACACAUUGUAAUUCCUGCAUCUGGGGUUAUAGAGUUGAAUGUAUGUAGUUGAGCCUAUCCCAAACGGAACCAUUGUUUAAAUUCCUUAUGUAUUGGACAAUCAGGUUAUUUGUCUCAAAAUGCUUUUUGAAAGAAAAAACUACAAAAAACCCGUGAAAUGUAAACAUCUUUACGCAUUGUAGUUGGUGCAAAACAGAAGAGAAGAUUUUCAAUGUGCAAACAUAAUGAGAAUCUCCCCAUACCAGCCGUUUUUAUUGACACCCCAAACUCAUUUAAUAUCUGCUUUACUUCUGAAUGUUUUUGACUUUGGCUUUUAGUAGAUCUUCUGCAUCGGGGUGAACUGGGUCCAUGUUUCACAAAAUGCUUUUGUCCCAUCAGAUACCAGAAGAACAAAAACAAACUAGGCGCUUUUGGGAAAAAUGUCAGGGAUUAAGUUUUAAAGAAUCGUGCUCUCAUUUUCAUUGGAGAGGGAAAUAAUUCUUUAUUAUUCUGUGUUGACCUCCCACGCCCAGGGCUGGUAAACUGUGGUAGAUAAUCUGUAUUACUUUUUUGUCAAACUGUAACUUUACUGAUCGUACCAAAAUCGUUUUUGAGCUGUUGAAUUGAUUCCCUGAGGUAAUCUUUAGCUAUUUUAUGACCGAACAUAAGAAUAAAACUCAUUUUAGGAUUCUUUUUUUGGGGGGGGGGGUUCAUUUGAAUACGACAUUGCCUGCAUUGUACAUAGAUGUGUUGAUGAUUAUUAAAAACCUCAAUGAUCUGUAUAGACAUG